AUGUCCGGAAGCCUAAGCCAGGGCGCCGUCAUAGUCAUCGUCAUCGUCGGCACCGGCGCCGCCGUCCUAAUCGGCUACUCCAUCUUCUACGUCUCCACGCGCCGCGGCCCCGAAGAAGACACGUCGACCGCGGGCACCGAGUUCGACCAGGUGCGGUACAUGCGCGAGGUGCGGCUGCGCGAGGUGGACGCUAUAGCGGCUUCGCAUGGGCUUGGGAGACGAUGGAAGCUUCGAAGCCUCUUGAACGAUGUCGAUCUGGCCAUCGAGGGUCAUGUUGCAUCAUGGACGCUGCUGGUUGUGUUGGCCGCCAAAGAACACACCAAGGUGCUGGGACGCGUUUCGUGGCAAGAGACACCAGCGUGUCAUAGUCACUGCCCAGCCAGAUAA